AUCGCACAAUUCUUUCCUCAUUAUUCGCAAAAGGAAAUUACUUUUAAUUUUGUAAUUUCCCGAUCAUCAUCAGCUACUUAGCUCUUAAAACUCGGGUAAUUGAACUAAUAUCCUUUGCAAGACUGCUAGAACAAGGGAGCUCCUUUUCUUUUGGGGGAAAUUUAUUGCGUAUUUGUUGAAAUUUGGCUGAAAUCGAUUCUUUCGGACAUGGAGAAGUUUCUUAAUCCGUACGACAAGAAGUACAUGAUCAGAAUGGCUAUGCUCAAACACGAAGAAACUUUCAAGCAUCAGGUAAACGAACUUCAUCGUUUAUACCACGUUCAGAAGAUACUGAUGAAGAACAUGGAGAUGAACAGAUCUAAGCAAGAACUUCAUAACAACAAUGAUGUAAAUAUCGGGAUAGGGUUCAUCGAAAGGGUGGAAGACGUCGACAGCUGCGACGUUCGAGAAGAUUUGAGGAUCAAAUUAGAUUUGGACCGACAUGCCAACUUCGAUGGAUCGGACAUAGAGAUCAUAGACGAGAGUGAGAUUGAACUAACACUCGGACCGACAUGUUUCAACCGGCCGAGGAAGAAGAAGCCGAAGAAAAACUCAUCAGAAUCGCCGGAAAAUUCGGAUUCUCGCCGGAGUUUGUCAUCGUCGUCGACGGGAUCUAGCAACAAUAGAGGAAAUGAUAGUGCCGUUACCGAAGAACAAACGAGACAGGAGAUGUUGAUGAAGCAGCAGCAGCCAUGGCUCCAAGUAUUGAGCUUGAAUGUUACUUGAUGUCGAUUAGCUCAUUGUCCUGAAAAUAUAUCUUGAAAAUUUUCAGGUUUUAAUCUGUAGGGGGUUUUUUGUAUGUUGUUCUCUUGUGGUGUUGUGAUGAGAAUAUUUUAUUAGGGUUCUUAUCAGCUGGUCUAUGACAUUAUUAUUAAUGGAGGAGCAUAUGUAAAAGGGUCAACGGUCAAUUUUAAAACUCCG